CCUUUGCGGGCUCAGGUGGAUCUGGUGAAGCACAAGGGCCUCCUCUUGGAGCUGGUGGCUGAGCUGACCGAAGGCGCCUUUGGAGGAAAGAAGCUGGGGAUCAGGCCUCUGUACAGGCCCCCCAAGAGAGCCCCUGUGGAGCCCGCGGGGAAGGAGCCGGGCUGGGCCUCUGCCAAGGAGGACGAGACCCCGGUGGGCUCCAAGGCCCAGAAAGGCUGGCCCGGCUUCCGGGAGAUCUUCAUGUUGGCUGCAUUGCAGGAGGAGGAGGUGGACACUCUGAAGAAAUACCUCCUGAAUCAAGCCCAGCCGGGCCCGUGGGAGUACCACAGCGACGUCCUGACCAGCCAGUCCCCACAGGAGAUCUGCGCUAACCUCAUCCGGGCCAGACUCCUGGAACACCUGCCCCACGAAGUGCCCUACCUGGUGACACAGAAAACAGCCCUUUGGGAAGAGGGCCCAGCUGGGGAGCUCCAGAUCGUGCAGAAUUUGGAGGUCCCGAAGGAGAGAUACGUGGUGAGCAUUUGAAUCUGGGGGUCUCUCCUCUUUUUU